AUGUCGAUCUGGCCUGCCCUGACUAUGAGGUGGUUUGGAGUUUCUCAGGCUUGGGCAAUUCGAACACUAACCGAUUCUCUUGCACGCUGCUUCAAAAUGGGGCCGGUGAAGAUGAGGAUAAAGAGGUUAGAGAAUGAUAGUAGCCGCCAAGCAACCUAUUCAAAGUGGAAGAAUGGGCUUAUCAAGAAGGCUAAGACUUAUCGAUUAUAUGUGACAUUGACAUUGUCCUUCUCUUGUUUUCACCCAGUGGCAAGCCUACACUAUAUAAUGGACAGAACAGGUGUUCUUUUAGUUUGUUCAUCUGUUUUGCCUGUUUAUGUAAUCAUUACUUUUAUAAGCGCACCUAGCCCCUUUGCCAUGGUAGAGGAAUGA